CGAGAAUAAGAAAAGAAAGGCUGCAGUCGUCUUCAACCUCUGCCUAUGAACGGAAACGGCAGCAACUGCCCGCUUCGAUGCGCCAGACUGCACCCCCUCCUCUGCUCGGACCCCAGGAAACGGCCGCGGCCAUUAACGUCGCCUCCCGUUGCUCCACAUCCUCCCCCUCUGUAUAAAGCCACACCGAGUUUCCUCAUUGCAUAUCGCACUCCUCCACCGAUCCACGCCCCCAGGCUGCCCCUGUGGAGGGCGAAUUUCUUCGCCGGAGUUCCGACGGCCGCAACGACGUCUCGUCGAAUUCUCCGGCUGUCCGCCACCAUCUUCAGCCGAUUCUCCGAGGAUUCCGGAAGGCAUCAUCAUCAUCUUCAUGCAAGGAGAAGCGCCCUAGGCCCUGGUGACUUCCACUUAGUCGACGUCUCUCUCCGCAGCUGCGCACAAUCUCAAGUCUCGUUGAUGACGAGUGAGAACGACUAGGAUCACGGGCCUAUACUCAACAAGCCCUGUGGCGUUGAUGAAGCCCAAGACAUAUCUUUAUGUUUCCGCUGUAAUGUGAGCCAACCACUAUGUUGUGCAAGUUGUAUAUGCAACUCUAGAUUCAACGUUUGAGUAAUAAAAUGAUGUAUGUUAUAUCUUGAUAUUCAUUUGUUACUGUGUGUGCUAGCUAUGAUCCAGGGAUAGCACAGUAAGCACAGAGAUUCGAAC